UGUUUACAAAUACCAAUAGGGCCUCAUCAUAACGAGCAUGUUUUAUCUCUUACAAGAAAAGAUAAGAUACAGUUUUCACCUGUUAUCGGACAUUUCUUAUCAAACCGUUGAUGAUUCACAACGGAUUCACAUUCAUAUCGCUUUGGUGUCCUAACGCGUUUUCAACGAUACAUCUAGUUACUUCAACUACGAGUGGUUUUUAAUUGCAUUAUUUUCAGUGGUUUACAUUUAUUUGAUAAAGAAAUGUGUUCCAAAAAGCUAAUGUGUUAUUUUACUCUUGGUUUACUGAUUAUGGGACACUUUAUGGAUGAAGUCGAAGCAAGACGUAAAAUUUUAAAGGGGCGAAAAACAAUUACAAGACGUUAUUAUUGGGGAACAGCGAUUCCAGCGUGGUCUAUAGUGCUAUUGAUAGGAAUUAGUAUGUUGCUCGCCGGCGGUGGACUGUACAUGUUGCUACAAAAAUUUGUAGUCGACAAUGCUACCACUGGAGAAAGUCAUUCCUAUCAGCCUGCAUUGCAAAAUGACGCUUAAAUUUAAGAACAUACCAAAAUUCAAUUAUCGCUCAUUACAGAAAUCUUUUAUACUUCAGAAGAAAACAAUUUAAAUAUUUUUAAAACCAUAAAUUUUAUACAA